AUGACAGAACCAAACUUUAUUGAUUUAUAUGAUGAUUCUUUAGAUCGAUUUAUUAAUAAGCUGGAUAUGAAUCAGCUUUUUAAUUUCAACAUUGAUAUAAAUGAGUUACUUAUGCCAAUUCCCAAAGACAUUAAAAAAAUUCCUCGGCCAAUGAAUUCAUUCCUUUGCUGUAGGAGAAAAAUAUAUUUAUUAGCGAUCAAAAGAGGACUCACCGAUGAAAUUGCAGAUGGUAAAUUUCUAACUCAAGUUACCACGAAAAUUUGGAAGCACGCUAGUCAGCUUCAAAAAAAUAUAUUUGUUGAAAUUGCCAAACAUAUUAAAUUGAUUGAAAAAGAACGAUACGAGAAUUGUAAUGUCAAGAAGGUGACAAAGGAAGUUGCAAAUGUUUUUGUGAAUGUGAACAUGGACAAUUUCGGACAUAAAGAUAGGAUUCACAAGACAAACAAGAAAAGGGGGGCAUCACGCGUUAAGAAAACAACGAAACAUUCGAAUAAAAAAAGUAUUUCGCAAAUUGAUCAAAAUCUUCAAAAUCUUAGCAAUUCGAUUUCAAAUCCUUUAAUCAAUGCAACGAACGAUUUUUCAUUAUACGAUUCAGACCAUGUCGCUAUGAAUUUCCCUAUCAAUGCCGGUUUUCUUCAAAAUGGUUUUGGGUGUUUUUACUUUCCGUUUAUAUUAGGAAACACCUUACUCGAUCACACGGUGAGUCUUGGAGAACCACAACACUACGAAUUACCCCAUGAAGUAUUAGAAACAAAUAGAUUGUUUUAUAAUAUCUGA